CUUGUCAGCAAUGGUCGAGGUCCUCGAUAUCGCAUCGGAAAUUGCAGCAGAGAAUGAACCGGUGACAGUACCGUCAAUAGACCCGUCGAUCUGCCUGUUGUGCAAUCGUCACUUUGCAAAAUACACAUGUCCUCGCUGUGCAAUUCCGUACUGUUCAUUGGCGUGUUAUAAAGGGGAGAGACAUGCGGAAUGUUCAGAAGAUUUCUAUAAGACCAGUCUGAUUGAGGAGAUUAAGAACAAGAAGGUCGAUGAUGAGCAGAAGCGGAGUAUGCUUGAUGUCCUGAAGAGGUUCGAGGAGGAUCAAGGUGUAGCGGAUGAAGAACUGCAAGAGAUUCUGAGAGAAGAAGGCGACGGAGAAGGCUUGGAAGAUGAGGAAGAAUCCGACAACACAGAUUUGAAAUUGAGAUUGGAAGGGCUUGACCUAGAUGAAGCAUCCUUUGAAGAGAUGUGGCAGAGACUGACGCCAGAAGAACGAGAACGCUUCGUCCAAAUUGCACGAGAAGCAGAAGAGCAAGGUGUCGACCUCGAUGACUCCGAGCCAGAAUGAGAUAAAUCCGCA